GGCUCCAGCUUAGUCGUGUUCCAGUAACGCUUCCCGCGCACACAAAAAAAAAAAAGAAAAUAUAUUAAUAAAUAAGCGAAAGGACCCAGCCGCUGUCCAAGCUUCUACUCUAUAUUUCAAACUAAAACCAACAGUUGCCAAACAAUCGAACAGUAUGUCCGCUAGGAUCCUGGAGGACUCGCCCAACGCGCGCAUCAACAAGACGAUCCUGGAUCGCUAUCUCUCCCUGCCCCUGCAGGAGAAUGUCGUCCAGGCUACCUACGUGUGGAUCGAUGGCACCGGCGAGGAUCUGCGCUGCAAGGAUCGAACCCUUGAUUUUAUCCCAUCGAGCCCCAAGGAGCUUCCUGUUUGGAACUAUGAUGGCAGCUCCUGCUACCAGGCCGAGGGCUCCAACUCGGACACCUACCUGUACCCGGUGGCCAUCUACAAGGACCCCUUCCGUCGCGGCAACAACAUCCUGGUGAUGUGCGAUACCUACAAGUUCGAUGGUACCCCCACCGAGACCAACAAGCGCAAGACCUGCUUGGAGGUGGCCAACAAGUGUCUGGAUGCGGAGCCCUGGUUCGGUAUUGAGCAGGAGUACACCUUCCUUGAUUUCGAUGGUCAUCCGCUGGGUUGGCCCAAGAACGGUUUCCCAGGACCCCAGGGACCCUACUAUUGCGGUGUUGGUGCCAACAAGGUUUAUGCCCGCGAUAUUGUGGAUGCCCACUACCGCGCCUGCCUCUACGCCGGUAUCAAGGUUUCCGGAACCAAUGCCGAGGUGAUGCCCGCCCAGUGGGAGUUCCAGGUGGGACCCUGCGUGGGAAUCUCCAUUGGCGAUGACCUCUGGAUGGCCCGAUUCCUGUUGCACCGCAUUUCCGAGGAGUUUGGCAUUGUGUCCACUCUGGACCCCAAGCCCAUGCCUGGUGACUGGAACGGCGCUGGUGCCCACACCAAUGUCUCCACGAAGGCGAUGCGCGAGGAUGGCGGCAUCCGGGAUAUUGAGAAGGCCGUAGCCAAGCUGUCCAAGUGCCACGAGCGCCACAUUCGCGCCUAUGAUCCCAAGCAGGGCCAGGACAAUGCCCGUCGUCUGACCGGCAAGCACGAGACGAGCUCGAUCAAUGACUUUAGCGCUGGAGUGGCCAAUCGUGGAUGCAGCAUACGUAUUCCCCGAGGUGUCAAUGAUGAUGGCAAGGGUUACUUCGAGGAUCGUCGGCCCAGCUCCAACUGUGACCCCUACUCCGUGGUGGAGGCCAUCUUGCGCACCAUUUGCCUGGACGAAUAAGCGGGAACCACUUCCGCUUCCGUUUGCGAAACAUUUGUUAUCGAUUUAUCGAUUGUUGUUAAAAAAAAACACACACACACCUUGAUCCAUUUGACCCGUCACUACUGAUUACCCGAACAUCGAACCCGAACAACACCCGAAGUUAUACGAAGCAUUACGUAGGCUUAGAUUUUAGGCGUACUCAAGUUUACCUAAUAACGUAUUUUCCCCCCAGAAAAGCCCGAAAAAUAGACACCAGAAUAAUUAACUAUUCUAAGGCAGCCCCUCCUCUUGCUGAUAUUUUUUAUAUUUGUUUUUUUUUUCAGCUGCUGUUAUUUAGGUUUUAGUGAGUUUUUUUUUUGUUUUUUUUUUCUACUGAUCUUAGCUGAUCAGGCAUAUGUUAGAAGAGCAAGAACCCAGAAAGACAUACCCCUACAAAAUAAAGAAAGCUCUAGUAUCAAAUCACUCCUCUAAGACACAGAAAACAAAUC